AUGGAUGAGCUUGCAUUCUUAAUGGAUUGGGAUUUGGAAGCUAUCAAUGAAACUCCAACAACCAACACCAACACUUAUUUUUCUCAAUUAUUUUCUGAGUUGCAACAUGAUGAGUUGUUAUUUGCCAAUUUUCCUGAAUUUUCAGAAACUACUAAUGUUCUUAUUGAUGAAUUUCAAGAACUUUGUAAACCUUUCUACCCUCUUUCAUCUCAAACAGUUGUUACAAACUCUAUGAUUGUCCCUAAACAGCAUGAAGAAGUCAAAGAAUUUAAAGUAUCAGAUGAGAAAGUAGCUUCUCAAGAUCCGCAAGUUUCUGCAGUUUCUAAAUGUAAAAAAAGCAAGAAAAACAAGAACAAGAGUACUGUGAAGAAAGUAACAGCAAUGGAUGGUACUCUUUGUGAUGCAUGGGCAUGGAGAAAAUAUGGCCAAAAACCGAUAAAGGGUUCGCCAUAUCCACGAAGCUACUACAGAUGCAGCAGUUCCAAAGGAUGUUCUGCAAAGAAACAGGUUGAGAAGAAUCAUUUAGAUCCAAGAGUUUACUUAGUUACGUACACUGCCGAACACAAUCAUCCUCAACCAACUCGAAGAAAUUCACUAGCUGGAAGCACUAGGAAGAACAAUCUCUUAGCUACAAAUUCUUCAACAGCACCUUUGGUGAAAAUUGAAGAUGAGGUAACUGUGAUGGCAAGUGUGCAGAUGAUGGUGAAAGAUGAGGAAGAUCAUCAUCUUCUUGAAUGGUUGGAGGGUGCUCAAAUAUGUGAUGAUGGUUGGAUUCCAAAUAAAGAGUUAGAUGAAUAUUUCAUUGGAGUAGAUAAGUACCAAUAA